CGUCCAACGUGUUGAGGAGUAGCAAGCCUGUCUCUGCUCUGUCUUAGGUGUUUAGUGAUAGCAGUUACUCGAACGUGUCUACAGUUGGACACGAUGUGGUCUUUUUGCGGAUAAAAUUCUGAAAUUCAUGUUUGUGCACCAGACAAAGCUGAUGUUGCGGUUAUUGUUACUCCGGAGUCGACCACGAUGGUACACUGCACUGGAGCCGAGGAGGUGGCAAAGUUCCUUGACAGAGCCUCACCUGGAACAAGCGCACGACUGUCCACAGAGAAGAAUGAACCCACUCAACAUUCAGAUGCUAUCCACAAACCUGCACAAGCAGAUAUUCCGAGGAACGGAGCCGGUGUACGAGCAGGAGAACGUGGAGCGGAGUGUCAGGCACCUGCAGGAGCAUAAACUUUGGGGUAAAGAAGCCGCGCUUCUUCCCGACGUUGAUCUGAAGUUGCCCCAAAUGUACGGCAGCAAUAUUGACGAACACUUCCGGAUUUUGGCUCAGAAGCAGAGUUUGCCUUACCUGGAGGCGGCUAGUCUGCUUCAGCUCACGGAGCUGCCCCCAAUGCCUUUGACCUGGGCAUGGGAAGUAGGAUGGAGUCGCUAUGGACCGGACGGGGAAUGCAGAAGAGUGGAUUUUCCUGACGAGAAGGCCCUGGUUUUUGACGUGGAAGUGUGCAUGGCAGAGGGUCACUGUCCCACACUUGCCGUAGCUGUGUCUCCCACUGCUUGGUACUCCUGGUGCAGUAAAAGGCUUGUUGAGGACAGGUACACUUGGUCUAAUCAGCUCACACCAGCUGACCUUAUUCCUUUGGAGACCGCUGUCAACUCCAGCCGACCUCCAAAGGGUGUGUGGCAGGAACGACUGGUAGUGGGUCACAAUGUCAGCUUUGACCGCGCUCUCAUUAAGGAGCAAUACCUGUUAAAGGGCUCCAAAGUCCGGUUCUUGGACACAAUGAGUCUCCACAUGGCCAUCUCCGGACUGACUGGGUUCCAGCGCACCCUCUGGAUGGCCAACAAGUAUGGCAAGCGCAGAGGCCUGCAGGAAGUCAAGGAACAUAUGAAGAAAAUGGGGAGGCAAACUCAGGGGCCAAAGAUUGGCUCCUGGGAUUGGGUGGAGAUCAGCAGCAUCAAUAAUUUAGCGGAUGUCCAUGCACUGUAUGUCGGUGGGGACCCCUUAAAGAAAGAGGCCCGGAACAUUUUUGUGAAGGGCACCAUGGGUGACGUGCGGGAGAACUUUCAGGGGCUCAUGCAGUACUGCGCCCUGGACGUGCUGGCCACACAUGAGGUGUUCACCGAGCAGCUGCCCCUCUUCAUGGAGAGAUGCCCUCAUCCGGUCACAUUUGCUGGGAUGCUGGAGAUGGGGGUGAGUUACUUGCCUGUCAACCAGAACUGGCAACGCUAUCUAGAGGACGCCCAGGACACAUAUGAGGAACUGCAGCAUGAGAUGAAGAAGUCCCUGAUGCGGCUGGCAGAUGAUGCAUGCCAGUUUCUAGAAGACCAGAGAUACAAAGACGACCCCUGGCUGUGGGACUUGGACUGGGAGGUUCAGGAGUUUAAACAGAAGAAGGUGCCCCAGAAAAAGAAAAAGGCAGCUAAAGCAGUGGAGACCAAAGCACCUACCGUUUCAGUAGCUGACUGGGACACGGACCCUGGUCCCCCAUCGGAGGAGGAGUUGAAUGGUGUGGACCCCAGUAAAGAAGUGCUGGACAAACUGAAGCAGACAGUGGACUCUUUACCAAAGAGGAGACAACAUCUGCCUGGUCAUCCUAGCUGGUAUCGUAAGCUGUGUGUAAAGCCAUCAGAGAGUGAGGACUGGUCACCAGGAGCAAGUCUGAUCAGCCUGCAGAUGCGGGUGACCCCCAAGCUGAUGGGGCUGACCUGGGACGGCUUCCCCCUGCACUACACCGAGCAGCAUGCCUGGGGCUACCUGGUGCCAGGCCGCAGGGACAACCUGGAUUCGGACGAGGAGGAAGCUGGUCCAGUGUGUCCCCACAGGGCCAUCGAAAGCAUGUACAGAGAGCACUGUGAGCAGAGGGGGAAGGAGCAGCCGCAGUGUUUGGACACGCCCCUGUCUGAUGACCUCACGCUGAGUGACAGCGCUGUAUGGAAGACUGCGGAGGAGUUGAGCCACCUGGAGAAUGUGUUUGAGGAUGAGAUUGCAGUCAAGAGCAAGUCAAGGAUGAAAAAGUUCAAGGAUUCCAGAGCACCUGAUGGUCCUCCAGACGGAAGCCAAUGUCCUUAUCACCAUGGGAAUGGGCCACAUAAUGAUGUCAAUAUCCCAGGGUGCUGGUUUUUCAAACUACCUCAUAAGGAUGGGAAUGAGAACAAUGUCGGCAGUCCUUUCUCCAAGGAUUUCCUAAGUAAGAUGGAGGACGGGACUCUUCAGGCAGGCAGAGGGGGCACAAACGCCACACGGGCUCUGGAGAUUAAUAAGAUGAUCUCGUUCUGGAGAAAUGCCCAGAAGCGCGUCAGUACCCAGAAGGUGGUUUGGCUGCGGAAGGGAGAGCUUCCUCGAACCGUGAGCAGACAUGAAGACUACGAUGAAGAAGGACAGUAUGGUGCUAUCUUGCCACAGGUCGUCACUGCAGGAACGGUGACACGUAGAGCUGUGGAGCCAACAUGGCUGACGGCUAGCAAUGCUCGGCGUGACCGAGUGGGGAGCGAGCUGAAGGCCAUGGUGCAGGUGCCCCCGGGGUAUCACCUGGUGGGGGCGGACGUGGACUCCCAGGAGCUUUGGAUCGCUGCGGUUUUAGGAGAGGCUCACUUUGCCAGCAUGCAUGGCUGCACGGCGUUCGGCUGGAUGACCCUGCAGGGCAAGAAGAGCCAGGGCACAGACCUGCACAGCCGCACCGCCGAUACUGUGGGCAUCAGCCGCGAGCACGCCAAGGUCUUCAACUACGGCCGUAUCUACGGCGCCGGCCAGCCUUUUGCAGAGCGCCUGCUCAUGCAGUUCAACCACCGGCUCAGUCAGGCCGACGCCGCCGACAAGGCCAAGCGCAUGUAUGCGCUGACCAAAGGAUUACGCAGGUGUCUCCUGAACGAGGACGGGGAGUGGCUGCUGGAGGAGCUGGGCAUGGAUGUGCAGAGAGCGGAGGACGGGAGUGUGUCCAUGGAGGACGUGCGCAGGAUCCGACAGACAGCGCAGCGUUCCGGCAGGCGUAAGUGGGAUAUAGUUGAGAAGCGUGUUUGGGGAGGAGGUACGGAGUCGGAGAUGUUCAACAAGCUGGAGAGCAUCGCCCACUCCCCUCGGCCGUCCACCCCUGUGCUGGAGUGCCGCAUCUCACGAGCCCUGGAGCCUGCCGCGGUGGGCGACGAGUUCAUUACCAGUCGAGUGAACUGGGUGGUCCAGAGCUCAGCCGUGGAUUACCUGCACCUGAUGCUGGUUGCCAUGCGCUGGCUACUGGAGGAGCACGACAUCGACGGCCGUUUCUGCAUCAGCAUCCACGAUGAGGUGCGCUACCUAGUGUGUAGCGAGGACCGCUAUCGAGCAGUCUUAGCCCUGCAGAUCACCAACCUGCUGACCAGAUGCAUGUUUGCCCACAAACUGGGCCUGCAGGACCUUCCCCAGUCUGUGGCCUUCUUCAGCGCUGUAGAUGUGGACCAGUGUCUGCGGAAGGAGGUGACCAUGGACUGCGUCACUCCAUCCAACCCCACGGGAGUGGAGCGCAGAUACGGCAUUGCCCAAGGUGAAGCCUUGGACAUAUGCCAGAUCAUGGAGAUCACCAAGGGCUCGCUGGAGAAGGCCAGAUAGGAGGAAGAGGAGGACCCGGGACCAGAUAGGAGGAAGAGGAGGACCUGGGACCAGAUCCUCCAAUAGCUGAGC